AAGUUUGCAUUGUGACAACAAUGGCGGAGAUCCAUUCGUUCGGCUAUGUUAUGAGUAAUGACCAAUUGAGCGACCUUUGGCAUUAUGAUAUGCACCUGGCAAAUAUGACCAUGAAGCUACCACUAAGGAAAUGCUCAGCUGCUCCCAGUUGUCUGUCAAAUUUCCCACGGAUGGGAAGUACUGCUUUCCAGGAAUUGAAAGAUGAGUUGAAAAAUAUGUGGAUGUUCGCAGCACUCAUCUUUCAGUGCAGAAAAGGAGAACGUGGGUGGGGUCUCUAUUUCUCUGAAGCAUUUGAAACCCAUGCAAGGAUUUUCAAUGAAAAGAAACCAAUGGUCAUGGGCUGGUUAGCCAAAGUCCCAUCUCCUGAUGUCUGCCCCACUGGCCACAGAUAUUUAAGAUCCCCCUGCUGCAAUGAGAACUUCCCAGUUUAUUUAGGUGGACCUGCUUCUCUGGUAAAUUUUGAUGAGAUUGACAGAGUCCUUUUCAAACCGAUCUCAUCAAACCACGGGCAUAUCAAUACAAAAGUGGGAAUGUACAAAGCUCCAAGGCGGAAGGUACUCACAGGGCUUGAAGUGUUAUGGUCCUAUAACUUAAGUGCAAAAAACUGCCACCAUCCUCAUUAUUACCCUGAAAGUGACUGGCAAGUGGGGACAUGUUGUUCUGAAGGACAGGAAAUUGACAGCCCACUAUCUGUCCUACUUGUGGCAAAGGAUGAUGAACAACCAGUGAAGAGACGCAAAGUGUGUGCAAGACCCCUCAUGUCACAAGCACGGGUCGCCAGUUAUCGGCCUUGCACUUACUGCGGAUUAAAUUUGGCUCAGUUUGACACAGGAAAAAAGUACGUCAAUAUGAAACGUCAUUGGGCCCUGAAGCAUUCUGCUCAUCUAUGUGAAGAAAUGGGUGUUGUGGUUGACAAUGAAGCCAUGCCAGUAUCGGCUAAAGAUUUUAUAAAACAUCUUGAUAAAGUUGACCUUGUGUUCAACAGUUUAAAUGCUCACUCUUACAAAGUGGUACCAGCUUCGAACUUCUUUGAAAUAUCUGGCACACCUCUACUUCCUGAAGAAGCAAGCGAUGAAGAAAAAGAGGCAGUAUUCAACUUGUUUUUAGCAGAAGCAAAAUCUGCAUUCAAGAAAUACCAGGUUGUAUACCUCAAGGGCAUUUGCAAUCCUAAGAAUUAUAAGGACUUACUGAAGCCAAUCGAGACAUCCAACUACAAAGCUGUCCACUGGAAAGAAAACUGCCCUUCAGGCACCAACUUUUCAUUAUUACAAUAUGAACUUUCUGAAGAUGAGGAAGUGGCACACAAGCUUGAUGUUGAGACUCAGUUUAGAAAAGUUGUUGCAGGUUGCCUGUAGAAUUUCAAUCUUUAUUUUCUUAUGGUGUAUUGACUUCAUGUCUCAAAGUUAAAACCAUAAUUUGACUUUAUAUUUUUUUACUAAUGUACACUUUGUCCUGGACACAAAUCUGCUGUAAAAUAAGUUCUGCCAAACUGCAAUUGUUUUUGCAACAGCAGAUUGCAUGUAAAUAAAUAAUGUAAACUGAAAUAUUUUGUUAAGUUCUGCUAUUUUUAAUGACAUUUUACAAACCACAGUAGCCAACACUGUGGGAAAAAAACACAGAAAAUCCUGUAAUGAUUAGUACAGCUGUCACUGUAGCUCAGAGUCCAGGGUUUACUGUACUUUUUAACAGGAUCUACUGUACCACAGGAAUGGAGUACGGAAUAUCCUGUACCAGGUAUAGUAAAUACUGUGUUCUGAACUACAAUAAAUCCCGGCAAAAAAAUGAACGAUAUUCACUGCGGUUUUUUUGUACAGUGAAUGGUCGUGAAAUAUACAUUGUUCAGUUGAACAGCUGCACGCAUCUUGGAGAUAGAACACAAUAUCUCAACACAAUGUAAAAGCAUCAUAAAUUAAUUAUCACUAAAAUAACACAACCAAAGAAUGACUCAGUAGCACGUACGCAGGUAACAUUACAUCAAACAGAACACAAGCCAAAACUUAAUAACAAAAAAGACAAAACACAAUGUAAAAGAGACAAUGACAAAGAAAGGGGUAAGCAGCCCUAGCAGAAAGCAACUGUUCUACAUAACUUAUAAAUCAACUUUUAGAAAGUGGAUUUAUAUCUGCUGUACAUUCCAAUGCGAACCACAUCACCAAAUUACAGAGUUGAGCACAAUA